AGGUUAGCACGUUUGUGAGAGUGAUCUAUCCCCCUAGCAGUGCAGUGUAAAGCCAGCUGCAUCCCGUUUCUGGAUGUACCUUUCGGCGGGGCUACGCAAAAUCAUGGAUAAUGCCCAUCCCCAGUUAGAGGAACAGCUCCAGCUAGAUCCGAACCACACCGGCGUGAAGCCACAUGAAGGUGAUCAUGGGGCGCCUGCUUUUGGCGAUGAAGCCUUCCACCGGAAUCUGGCCGUACUGACCGGCAACGGCAGCGGGAUCCUCGGACUGGAUAUGUCCAACGGGACCAGCGAUGCGGAAAUUUCUGCUCCAGGCUACACGGACUCGACCGUGGCGGUGAUAAUCGUGUACUGCGUGCUGUUCAUCAUCGCGGCCGGCGGCAAUCUGUCCGUGGUGAUUACGCUGUUCCGAUCCAGACGACACCGGCGGUCCCGCGUCAGUUUGAUGAUUUGUCACCUGGCCGUGGCGGAUCUGAUGGUGGCAUUCAUCAUGAUUCCGCUGGAGGUUGGCUGGCGGAUCACGGUGCAGUGGCACGCCGGAAACGUCGCCUGCAAGGUGUUCCUGUUUAUGCGCGCCUUCUGUCUCUACCUGAGCUCGAACGUGCUGGUGUGCGUGUCGUUGGACAGGUGCUUCGCCGUCAUCUACCCGCUGAGGGUGUCCGCCGCCCGGAAACGGGGCAAGAUUAUGCUCGGCGGGGCCUGGUUCAUCGCGUUUGCCAACGCCCUCCCCCAGAGCAUUAUUUUCCGCGUCCAGCAGCACCCACAGGUUCCGGGAUUCACGCAGUGCGUCACGUUCGGGUUCUUCCGGACGCCGGGCAUGGAGACGGCGUACAAUCUGUUCUGCGUGAUUGCGAUGUACUUCAUGCCGCUGAUGAUCAUCAGUGCGGCGUACACGGUUAUUCUGUGCGAGAUUUCCAACCGCUCGCGGGAAAAAGAAACGAGUGACACCAGCCACACGGGCGGAAUGAGGUUACGGUGCAACGAUUUGACUCAUAUCGAGCGAGCCCGGCAGCGGACACUCCGGCUUACCAUCACCAUCGUGGUCGUUUUCGUCUGGUGCUGGACGCCGUACGUCGUGAUGACCCUGUGGUACAUGUUUGAUCGCGAGAGUGCCAUCAAGGUCGAUGGGGCCAUCCAGGACGGGCUGUUCCUGAUGGCCGUGUCCAACUCGUGCAUGAAUCCGCUGGUUUACGGGUCGUACGCGAUGAAGUGUCGGUGGCCCUGGAAACGGCAAAACGUGCCAAAUGGAGUGGCAACACCGAAUGCGGCUCAGCGCAGGUCCACGGAUGCCGUAUCGGGUAUGGCAGGACCGCACUCGGACCGGCUGACCGGUCGAGACAAUAAAGACGAGUUGAUGUACGAGAAGGAACGCAGCAUCAAGCUGAACCAGUUCGGGCUGGCCAACGGAGCUCCGGGCCAAACUAAAAUAGGAAUGAACAGCACAGGAGAAUGCCUGCCUGGAACAGCAACGACUCGGUUCGGAUACUGUGCCGUAACUUCGGGGCGUGCUGUGAAUGAGCCUUGGGUUCGGAGUGCCAACAUGGCAACGGUAUCCUAUGGUAACGCGACGGCUUCCUACGUGCCACGGAAGGGUUGCAAGCCAAGCUACAGCGAGUUUGCCGUGCUGGCAGACGAGCGGUCGUUGAUGCUGUCCCGGCCAUCGUUCUACUCGGAUCCUACGCCCAACGAACUGGACUCGUCGGUGGACGGUGGCCUAACGCGAAGCCUCGAUACCGGCGGCUGGCGAUGAUAGAUCGUGUAAGCCUGGCAACACUGACGCCGGGCAAACGAAGGUCGAUGACGUGUGUUGUGGCGCAUGUGGUGCGCGAAAUUCAAAUAAUUAGUGAGUGUUUGAUGUGAGAAACGAGAAUGGUUCCGGAGAAUCUCCUAUCGUACAAUUUAAUUAAUUCUGAACAAAUUUGUGACCAUCAGGAUCAGAUGAAACGAAGUGUGAUGCAUUAGAUAUAUCACGUAGCAUUGAUAGACGGAAGGUGGCGCAAUAUGAAAGUGAUGUUUUUUAUUGCGUUUAUUUUUUAUUGAAUAGUCAGAGUUUAUUUUUUCAAUCAGCAAAUUUAGUCCGCUCGAAACAGAUAAUAAACUUCAAAACUUUAAAUUUAA